AUGUCGAGCGCAGACCACCCUGCCAAACGUCCAAGACUGGCCGACGACGACUCGAAUAUCCCCACACCCGCGAUAUCUAGAUCACAAGAAUUCUGGUUCAAUGAUGGGAGUGUGAUUCUUCAGGUCGAAAAUACUCAAUUUCGGGUGGCGCAGAGUCUUCUUGCGAUGCAUUCAAGCGUCUUCCGCGACAUGUUCACGAUUCCACUACCGCCAGAGGAGCCGCUCGUGGAGGGGUGCCCCGUUGUCGUGUUAUCUGGUGAUAAGGCGGUUGAUUGGUCUCAUCUUCUUCGCGCAGUGUAUCCGUCGAGGUGCGACUUCUUCUCUCCAGACAAAAAAGACAUCCAUGCCUUUGCCGCAGUCUUUCGCCUCAGCAAGAAAUAUGAUUUUACCGUCUUCCGUCGCGAAUGUCUCCAAUGCUUCAAAGCAGAAUUUCCUACGACGCUCGAAGAGUACGACGACAGUCCAAACAAGCAUCAGUGGAAAUGGACUCUCUCAACAAGCGACCUGCUCAGUAUUCUGUGCAUCAAUCUUGCCCGCGAGCUAGGCAUCUUUUCGGUGCUUCCGGUGGCGUUUUAUCAACUCAAUUGGUCGAGCGUUCUUGAUUGGGAUAUUGUCGAAGUGUCCCAGACAGCACGUCUGUCUCCAACUGAUGAGCGCUUGUUCCUCAGGAGUCAACUCCGGCUUCUCAGGCUUCAAUCAUCGACGACUAUGAAAUGGCUUAGUCCUCAAGAGUCGACUAUACCGCAGGAGCUUUGCGAGCAGCGGGAUAUUUGCAUUCAUGCUUUGGAAAAUAUUGCUAAGCAACGUCGUGAGGAUCUCGAGAUGGAGGCCUUUGUGCUGGACGAUUGGAACACGAGCUGGGGUGAGAAGCUAUGUAGUCUCUGCAAGAUGACGGCAAAAUCAACGUUCGCAGAGGGAAGAAGACAAAUUUUCCGACAAUUGCCAUCGAUAUAUGAGCUGCCAGAUUGGGAGGUAUUGAAGAAGAUGGAUUUCGAAUGA